UGGUUGCUUUUCGGUCUCUGAUACGGUCCAGACCAAGGCUGGGAAGACGGUGGCAAUGAGCGACUUGGUGGUGGGAGAAAACGUUUUGGUCGAUCCUUUCAAGCAACUCUAUGAACCAGUCUACAGCUUUGGUCACUAUCACAAGAGCUGGGAGGCGGAGUUUGUAGAGCUUCACACAGCAGGUUUCGCACCUCUCCAAUUGACAGCCAAUCAUUUGGUUCAUAUCCUUGGUGAAUCGGAGCCCGUAAGGGCCGACCAAGUGCGAAAAGGAGAUUUGCUCUGGUCCAUGACAGGUGCAGAGACUGUCACCGCAGUCAAAGCAACAAAGAAGACUGGACUGUACAUGCCGCUCACUCCUUCAGGCAACAUUGUUGAGAACGGGAUCGUGGCGUCGACUUAUGUGUCCAUCCAGAGCUAUGCUCCCUGUGGUACAACAUUCCUGGUUAAGAUCGUGGUUGUCAGAGCACAUGCUCGUGCAUGCCUGGAUGGCACCAGUACGGUACAUCUGUCUGGGUUUCUCUUUGAAUCUUUGCCCAUCAGCGAGCACCGAGAGAUCGCCUACGGGUGUCUUCAUCCCGGUGUCUUGUCGUGGCUCUUGGUUGGCAAAAGCCUUGCGGAAUGGGGCAUUGCACAGACUUUGCCAGUCCAGUGGAUGGCGGGUCUUCCUGUUGCUGCGAUGCUGUCUCUGAUGGUUCUGUUGGAAUAUCUGUUUGGUGCUUUGCUGGCUCCUUGGUACUGUUUGUCCUGGGUCUUUUGA